ACCCUCCACACAGCCCACAGUCUGGUUGAAGCAUGCAAGUAGCAGUAUGUGAGUGUGUGUUCUGGUGUGUGUGAGUGUGUGUGGAGUGAAAAGCUUCGCCGGAGUCGAAGGGAUGUCUGACUGAUGCAGGGAUUUCCCUGUCUUUCAGCCGAAGGGGAUCCACGCGGGCUGUUUUAGUAACCACUGGGAAUUAGGAGGGACACACACAGGAAACGGGAGAUUAGGUGGAGGACAAACCGACACCAACCUUUGAGCCUGUGAGGACGAUGGAGUCGGCUGAAGAUCAUUACACUCAUGUGGAGAACACAGUGAUGCUAAAGCUCAGUCACAGUUGAAUCAUGGGAAACGUAGAGAGCCAGAUUGGUGACAGCGGUUCCCAUGGAAAUGGGAUGGGACAUCUCUCUCGCAAGUACAAGUCCCACUCGCUCCGCCUUACCAGCAAACAGCUGGUCACCCGCCGUCCGAGGCACUUCUCAUCAGGGAAACAGAAGCACAGGAACUCCGAGACCUCCACCCGCUCCUCCAGCACACCCAGCAUUCCACAGUCCUUAGCGGAGAACGGGCUGGAACUUUUCAAUGCAGGAGAUGAGCUGGGAGAAUUCAACCUCAACCCUCACUGGACGCAACGCGUCGCCAUGACGAUGAUGCCAGAAUCCUACCAGCAGGAGGAGGAACCCCUGGCCACGCCGACGCCUGAAACUUCCGAGGCGGACACUCUGGCUCAGGAUGGAGAUGACUCAAUGGGGGAGGAGGACAUCUUGGAGAAAGGAAGUUACGUGCAGCGGAUGACUGAAGACUCUCCGGAUGGAGGCAGUUUUAGAAAGAAGAGGUCAAAGUCGGCGGACAUGUGGAGGGAUGACAGUCUGGAGUUCUCUCUGUAUGACUUGAGUCAGGACAAUCUGACCAGCACUGAGGAGAUGAUCGAUGGAGGAGAGGAAGAAGAGGAGGAGCAGCUAAUGGGUCCUACAGGCAGCACAGGUUCUGCUGAAAGGGCGUCGUCUCUGGACCACCUGUGCAGCCCACAGAGUCCCGGCCUUCGAGGGCAGAAGAGCCGUCCCGUAAAAAACCGCAGAGAGGCUGAGCGAAAUGGGAAAGGAGAUGGGGAGAGCGAGCUGAUGUCUCCAAACGAGGACGGCGGCGGCUACGUAGCUUUCACGCUCCCGUGUCGGCGCUCUCACUGCCUCUCAGAGGGGUUGUCGGGGCUGGGGAUGCCCACUGCUCCGUGUCCGGCUUUCCAGGGACGCCGAGCACAGACCACUCAGGACAUCUCGGGUGUCCUGGGCGAGGGAAGUGAGUAUGGCGACAGCGGGAUUGAUGGCGUUGCCACGGAGACCGAUGCAGACGGAGACCUAGCCUCCCGGCGGUGUAAGGCCAUGUCGGCCUCAUUCUCGGUCUACUCGACCACGGAGAGCAGCAUUUUUAAUGGGAGCGACAGCGGGAGCAGCAGUGCGGGCGGAGGAGAAGGAAGAGCAGGAGACAGAGGCAGGGGGGGCGUGUACGAGAACUUUAGAAAGGAGCUGGAUGGUGAAGCUUGGACGAAUCAGAGGCGAGACUGCAGGGAGGAGGCAGGAUCUGCUGUCAGCGAUGAGCAGAGCAGCGGGACGCUCAGCAGUGCUUGUCCUGCCGAGUCUGUGCUUGACUGUGCACAGGGCACUGUAAGGAAAGCUGGGGCUUUGUCUGUCAAGAACUUCCUGGUUCAUAAGAAAAACAAGAAGGUGGAACUUGCAACAAAGCGAAAGUGGAAGCACUACUGGGUGUCUCUAAAAGGUUGCACUCUUUACCUGUAUGAUUCAGACAGUCGGUCUGGCAUUGAUCAGAACAGCAUCCAUAAACACGCAGUGUGGGUGGAGAACAGCAUCGUCCAGGCCGUACCUGAACAUCCAAAGAAAGACUUUGUCUUCUGCCUCAGCAACUCAGCAGGGGACGCUUUCUUGUUCCAGACGUCAGGCCAAACUGAGCUGGAGAACUGGAUCACAGCGAUCCACUCUGCUUGCGCCACUGCCCUCGCCCGACAUCACCACAGGGAGGACUCGGUGCGGCUGCUGAGAACGGAGGUGCGCAAGCUGGAGCAGAAGAUUGACAUGGAUGAGAAGAUGAAGAAGAUGGGAGACAUGCAGCUGACCACAAUCACCGACGCCAAGAAAAGGAAGACCAUACUAGAGCAGAUCUUCCUGUGGGAGCAGAAUCUGGAGCGCUUCCACAUCGAUCUCUUCCGCUGUCGCUGCUAUCUGGCCAGCCUGCAAGGCGGAGAGCCUCCCAAUCCCAAACGCCUCCUGGGUUUCGCUUCGCGUCCAACCAAAGCGGCCAUGGGUCGCCUUGGCAUCUUUUCAGUAUCUUCCUUCCACGCACUGGUCUCUGCCCGCACAGAAAAUAGCAUCAGGAGGAGAAGUCAGCCUUUGCCCCGUAACUUCAGCAAACGGCGUAGCCGUUUCUCCUCCCUCUGGGGUCUGGACACCGUCUCCAAGAGGAAGAUCAAGGCGCACCCUUCAAUCGAGCAGGUGUUUAAGGAUCGUAUCGAGCCCGUGAGAAAACCACUAGAGAGCAUGUUUGAGGACUCCGCCAGUGAGAAAUCAAAGAAAACCGAAGACUCCGUGAAAAGUCUUUCCAGCCCAAAUGUGGACCGUGACAUUUGGGUUCCCCAUCAGCUGAAGCCAUCCUGGGUGUGUUUGCCUAACAACCAGCCCGUCCUGGUCGUCAUACAGCCGGGUGAGACAGCAGUGGAUGUCCUGAGCUGCAUCUGUGAGAUCCAUAAGUUUGAGCCCUCCUGUCACUACCUACGAGUGAAAGUUUGGGUUGACAACCAGAUGCUCUUUUAUGUUCCUAGAUUUGAAGAGGACAUCUCUGAUUUGGUCUACAAAGAGAUUGAGAUUUGCCCCAAAGUCACCAAGGUGAUCCGGUUCAACAAAGCCGAGUCGAGCACCAUCGGAUACGGAUUUUCUGUGGCAGUAAUAGAUGAAGAUGGGGUGCAGAAGCUUCAUAUUACUGAGGUGAAAUCAGGAGGACUGGCUUCGAUCAAAGGUUUAAAAGCAGGGGAUGAGAUCCUGUAUCUGGGCGAGAAACCUGCAUCUGAGCUCCAAACGGAGGACAUGAAGGCUGCAUUUGCAGAUUAUACACUAACUUUGAACAUCAGCACCCUGCCUGAGUUGGACCGUAAAAUGCUCUGCUCUAAUCCACCUCGGCGCUCCGACGGGAAGCAGGACACAUCUACGGACAUCUUCUCCCAGAGCCAAGAGGACAUCCUGGAUGAGGUGUUGGGUUUGACUGUGGACAGCCUGGAUGAGACUUUGGAGGAACAACCACCGCUGAGCCCCAGAGAUCAUCAGGAAAACAGAAGCUUCAUGGCAGUCGGCCAGAAGAGCACAGAGCAGGUCACUGCUUUCUGUAGGAGUCUCCAUGACAUGAACCCCCGGGAGUCCCCCAUGUCGUCUUCCUCAUCGUCGUCUUCGUCCUCCCUGUCCCAGAGCCCUGUGUCCCCGCUACCAUCUGCAGCAGGCACCUCUACCCAGAGACAGCUCUCCCAUGCGGACAAACUGCGGAAAGUCAUAAAUGAGUUGGUGGAGACGGAGAAGACUUAUGUCAAUGACCUGCGGUGUCUAAUAGAGUGCUACCUGAAGCCUUUGCAGAAGGAGAGCUUCCUAACGCAGGAUGAGCUGGACGUUUUGUUUGGGAAUCUUGGAGAAAUGGUGGAAUUCCAGGUGGAGUUCCUGCGAACCUUGGAAGAUGGGAUUCGAUUGGUGCCCGAUCUGGAUCGGCUGGAGAGGGUGGAGCAGUUCAAGAAGGUUCUGUUCUCUCUGGGUGGAUCAUUCCUAUAUUAUGCGGAUCGCUUCAAAAUCUACAGUGCUUUCUGUGCCAGCCACACAAAAGUCCCAAAGGUCUUGGACAAAGCUAAAACCGACCCAGACUUUAAAGCUUUCCUGGCUGAGAGGAACCCCCGACAGCAGCACUCCUCCACUCUGGAGUCCUACCUGAUCAAGCCCAUCCAGAGAGUCCUGAAGUACCCGCUUCUCCUGAAGGAGCUCUACUCUCUCACUGACCAGGACAGUGAAGAACACUACCACCUAGAUGUUGCGAUGAAGGCCAUGAACAAAGUUGCGAGUCACAUCAAUGAGAUGCAGAAGCUUCACGAGGAGUACGGAUCCGUGUUCGACCAGCUCAUAAACGAACAAACUGCAGACAAAAAAGAGGUACUUGACCUCUCAAUGGGAGACCUGCUACUGCAUUUAAUUGUGAUGUGGAUGAAUCCUCCAGUGUCUUUGGCCAGAAGCAAAAAAGGUCCUGAGUUAGUGACUUUUGUGUUCAGAACAGCUGUUGUAUUUGUGUACAAAGGAAGCUCCAAGCACAGGAAGAAAAUGGGUGGAUCUCACCGAGCGUCUGUGAAUGACGAGAGGGAUCCUUUCCCGUUUCGUCACAUGAUCUCAACAGAAUCUCUGCAAAUUCGUUCUUUACCCAACUCUGAAGCAUCAGCAGUUUGUGAAAUAGUCCACAUCAGGUCUGAAUCUGAAGGAAGACCAGAGAGAAGCUUCCAGUUGUGCUGCAGCUCUCCAGACAGCAAGAAGGACUUGCUGAAAGCCGUCCACUCCAUCCUCCGGGAGAAGCAACGGCGCCAGCUUCUGAAGACGGAGUCUCUUCCUCCCAACCAUCAGUACGUCCCGUUUGGUGGCAAACGCCUGAGCGCCCUUAAAGGUGCGCAGCCCUCCAUGAGCAGAGCAGCAACCGCUCCGUCCCGAACCCUGGCUCGAAGGAAACUGGUGAGGAAUCUCAUCACAAUCGACACAAACUUGGAUUUCCAUGGCAACAACAACAACUCCAACGAUUCCAACCCCGCGCAUCCCUCGUCACAUCCUUCCUCCAACUCACCGCUCUCCCAUCGCAGACCCCGCCUGUCCCAUAAACCCCAAGAGGAGGACACGGACCGCUGGGUGGAGGAGCAGUUCAACCUGGGCUGCUUCGAAGACCAAACUGAAGGCGUUGACAUGAAGCAGGUGAAGGAGACUGACAUCUUGAGUGAUGACGAUGAAUACUGUAAAUCUGUUCGAACUGCGACAGCAGAACUAGGAAACCUGGAGGCGGAGCUGGAAGGCCUCAGUUUGCAAGUCAGCCUGAAUGGAGAGGCGGAGCUAAGUGAGAAGCGGGACUGCCACAUGUCUGGACCGCGCCGCGUGACUUCAGGGGUCAAACUGGCGCCUUUGAAGCAGUGUGCUGUGGAGGGGGUCACAGACACGGACCAGGACGCAAUCUGGGUACGACGGGACGACUUUAGUAACAGGUGCAACGGCGACGUCUUCUGAUGGGACGUCGUAGAAGUCAGGAUUAGUGAUGUAACGUUCACGAACAAAUCAAAUCUUUUGAACGGGUUUUCAAAGUGAAUGAUGAGAGCAGAGUCCCUGUAGAGAGCUGUUCAUCUUGCCUUCCGGUAACAAACCUCCCCGGAAGUCCGUAAAGAGCACCCGCUCAAACCCCACCCACCGCUGUGACGGACGUUGGAAGAACCCCAACCAACCCCGUGCGCCCUCACAAACAUGGCAGGAACACGUUGCUCUUAAUACCCCCCCCCCCCCCGGCUUCACUUUGUUCAAAGGAGCCAGUCUUUUGAACGGCUCUUUGACGUAAACGACCAACUAAUGAACGGCUCCCAUGAAAGAGCCAUAACUCCCAUCACUAGUCAGGAUCUUCCAACCCUCCAAAAAACGGGGAAAAGUUACAGCUCUCUCUCUCUCUCUCUCUCUCUCUCUCUCUCUCUCUCUCUCUCUCUCUCUCUCUCUCUGAGCAUUUCACACAACAGUUACAGUUUAUGUAGAGAAAACAGCGCUACAUGAGCACAUGAGUGAAUAAGCAUGUGUGUUUAUAUUAUGCCGACAUGGAAAACUACUGACAAACACACACACACACACACAAACACACACACACACACACACCUAUUUAUGCUUCUCUGUCAGCAAGUUUGUGCUCACGUGUAACAACAGAGAUGUUUUCCUUUUAUACUUCUCAGCGUUGUGAAGCAAUUCUCUGCCAGGACAGCAGAGGGCGUAGCGCUUUUCUGGGGAAUCCUGCCAUCAAUGCAGUCAUGUCUCUAGUGGUUUAUAUCCAAAGACCUGUAAACGUAGGCUCCUUGUGAAUUUGUGCAGCCUAUUGGAGCUUCCGUAGUGGCCAGCCACCAUCUUAGAUGGGUCUCCAUUCACCCCCAGUGCAUUCAUUUCUACUGAAGAAGGCGGUUGCUUACCUAACUAAAAAACACAUUUCAUUAUGCUUUUUCACAAAAUCAGACACAAGGUAUGGCAUGAUACUUAAAAUAUAAUUAAACAAAAUAAAUUAAAAUAAAUUAAAAUAGAAAAUCCCAUCAGGUAGGCUAGAAAAAUUCUGUUUUCAACAGUAUGCCAGUUGUAGUAAUCGUAGGCUGCACAAAAACAGGCAUCUCUGUUCAGACUUUGGAGAGUGAGGAAACCUAUCCAAUGUGAUGGCGGCACUGUUACGCUCUCCAGCCCCCCAUGGGGCGUCUACGGCCCAAUCUCGAUAUUCGCACUGUUCCCCGCGGUCUUCAGCAAAGUGCACUUGUAGAAAGUGGGCUGUAGGGUUCGAGUGUGUGCAAAUAAUUGCCGAUUGAGACAGGGAGCAUUGCGUCAUCGAUCGCAACGCAUGCCGGGAUGCUAGUUGCUGUGAAACGUUUUUCAAAAACCUUCAUUAACAAAUUUCAAACAAACAACAAAGCAAUCAUUUGAAAUUAAUGUAACGUCAUUGCUGCUUUGUCGAAAACAUUCAGAGCAUCAAUUAAUCAUCCUAAAAUGAAUUAAUUUGAUUAGAAAAUACAAAUUUUCAGAAAAGAAACUUGAGCUAUUUCUCCCGCAGCAAUGACUUGUGGGUAAUACCAUGGACGUAAUUUUGGGGGGGGGGACGGGGGGACAUGUCUCCCCCACUUUUUCCAAAGUCAAGUUUUGACCCCUGCACUUUUUACCAUCCAAAAACAAUAUUACGCUAUAUUAAAUUGAUACUGGUUGAGCUCUGGGACCAAGCAGAAAACAACCGUUUGUGUUGAAGCCGGUUUUCCAUUAGAGCAUACUGUAAAGACCCCCCCCCCCCCCCCCCCCCCCGUGUCCCCCCCACUUCUAAAGUGAAAAUUGCGUCCAUGGGUAAUACCCUUGCCAGAGGUCCGCAUCGCUGCGGACUUGGGGGAUGUGCAGAUUAAGGGUGCGACAGGGGUGUGGUCAAAUUCCGCACUUGAGAAUCGGGACAGCAUACGCACUCGCACCCCUGGCCGGGAACGCGCAGUUGAAGGGUGCGAGGGUGCAAGUGCGAGUAUUGAGACUGGGCCUAUGUAUUCAUACAGGUGCUGGCCAGUAAAUUAGAAUAUCAUCAAAAGGUUGAAGAUAUUUCAGUAAUUCCAUUCAAAACGUGAAACUUGUACAUUAUAUUCAUGCAAUGCACACAGACCAAUGUAUUUCCAAUGUUCAUUACAUUUAAAUUUGAUAUUCAUAAGUGACAACUAAUGAAAACUCCAAAUUUGGUAUCUCAAAAAAUUAGAAUAUUCUGAAAAGGCUGAAUAUAGAAGACACCUGCUGCCACUCUAAUCAGCUGA